AUGGGAGCUGAAUCCUUCUCCUGCCCAGUGGUGCUUUCCCGUUCACAUUUUUCUUCCAUUGUCCUCCCACCCUCCUCAGAGACCAGAGACGGCCCGGACCCCCCAAAGGCCCACUGGUCCACUCAGAGGCGCCCGCCUCCCUUUGGCUCAGUUUCCGACGCCCCCAAGCCUCCGGCCUCCGACCGCCCCCCGAGACUUGCGGCGGGGGGCGUGGAGCGUGGAGGAGCAGAGUUCAGGGAAGGCUUGAAAGGAUCCCCCGAAGGCAGGACGGACCCGCCACCGCCAAGGCUGCCCGUCGUCCCGUCGAUAGAGAACAGCACAGAGGCGCAAUUUGCAAACGUCUCAUUUCACCCCAGUAGGUUGGAAGGGGUUCUGCCGAAGACUGCCCGCGACCGUCCUGCACGGCUGGGUGCAGCUAUCCGCACUGGAUCAGUGAUGCUUCCUGUGGCAGGGUAUCCUCUUAUCCUCUUCCUCUGGGUAUGUCAGGCUGUACCAAGUGGGACACAACGUCCACGCAUUGAGCUGCGGCUGGUAGGACCCAGGAGCAAAGCGGGUGAGGGCCGGUUGGAAGUGUUGUACAAUGGACAAUGGGGCACCGUGUGCGAUGAUGACUUCAACAUUAUUACUGCAAGCGUGGCGUGUCGCGAGCUGGGCUAUGAGGCGGCUGUGAACUGGGCCCACAGUGCCAAAUAUGGUCCAGGAACAGGCCCCAUUUGGCUGGAUAACAUGCGCUGCUCUGGCACUGAAAGUUCCCUGGCUGAAUGUGAAUCAAAUGGCUGGGGUGUGAGUGACUGCAAUCACAACGAGGACGCUGGUGUGGUGUGCAUAGGCCUACAUCAACGCCGACACAACUCUGCAGGCCAAAGACUUGUUCCACAGAUCCAGAACCAGGGUUGGAAAGUGGAAGAAGUGCGGAUCAAGCCAAUAUCAGCCCGAGCCAAACUGAGUUCUCCCAUCACAGAAGGUGCUGUAGAGGUGAAGCUCCACGGGCGCUGGCGCCAAGUCUGUGAUGGCACCUGGACUCGCAACAACACUCGGGUGAUCUGCGGAAUGUUGGGCUUCCCCCUGGAAGGAAGAGUUGCUGCAGGAUUCUACAGGAAACUCUGGAACCAGAAGCUGAAAGAUCCAAGGUCCAGGUUAAGGAGUCUGAUCUUGAAGAAUACAUUCUGGAUCCAUCGGAUCAACUGCCGGGGCACAGAAGCUCAUCUGGGAGAAUGCAAGCUGCACGUGGGCCCGAAGGCUCAACACCAGUCUGCAUGCUCCCAUGGCAUGCAUACCUUGAUCAGCUGUACACCAGGCCCUGAAUUUCAGCCUAAGAAAGCCAGGGUUCCUGACCCAACCCAGCCCAAAAAGCAAUCCCUGGUGCGCCUCCGUGCAGGUGCACAAGUGGGUGAAGGGCGUGUUGAAGUGCUGCUGAACGGCCAGUGGGGCACCGUCUGUGACGAUGGCUGGGACCUGACUGCUGCCAGUGUGGUAUGUCGACAGUUGGGAUAUGGAACAGCACAAGAAGCGCUUCCUGGGGCCCAGCUGGGCCAGGGUUUGGGUCCCAUCCACCUAACUAGAGUGAAAUGUAGGGGCUACGAGAGUUCACUGCUAGAGUGCAGCUUCCAAGAAGCAAUGCAGAGUGGGUGCCAGCAUGAAGCUGACGCUGCUGUCCGCUGUAAUGUACCCCAAACAGCUGCCCGUCAGCAGAUACGUCUGGCUGGUGGUCGUAGCCCAGAAGAAGGCGUAGUGGAAGUCUUAGUUCUGUGGGGAAGGACCUCACGCUGGGGUGCCGUGUGUGGGGCACACUGGGGACUCAAGGAGGCCAUGGUUGUGUGCCGCCAACUGGGGCUUGGCUUCGCUAGUCAUGCUCUCCAGGAGACGUGGUAUUGGCAGGGCAAUUCCGAUGCUGCUGAAGUGCUGCUGAGUGGCGUGCGCUGCAAAGGCACCGAACUCUCCAUCCUGCAGUGUCAGCACCAUGGGCCUGUGCACUGCCCAAAUGGAGGGGGGCGCUUUGCUGCAGGAGUUACCUGCACUAGCAGUGCCCCAGAUCUGGUGAUGAAUGCCCAGGUGGUACAGGAGACAGCUUAUCUAGAGGACCGCCCACUGGACAUGCUGUAUUGUGCUCACGAGGAAGGCUGCCUUUCUGCUUCUGCAAAUCACAUGAACUGGCCCUAUGGCCAUCGCCGCCUGCUGCGCUUCUCCUCACAGAUCCACAACCUAGGCCGCGCUGACUUCCUGCCAAAAACUGGGCGCCACGCAUGGAUCUGGCAUGAGUGCCACAGACACUACCACAGUAUUGAGGUUUUCACCUACUAUGACUUGUUGACACUUAAUGGCUCCAAGGUGGCCGAAGGGCACAAGGCCAGCUUCUGUCUGGAGGACACCAACUGCCCAGAUGGACUGCAGCGGCGUUUUGCCUGUGCUAACUUUGGAGAGCAAGGUGUCAGUGCAGGUUGCUGGGACACAUACAGGCAUGACAUUGACUGUCAGUGGGUGGACAUCACUGAUGUGGCACCUGGAAGCUACACAUUUCAGGUGGUAGUGAAUCCCAAGCAUGAGGUAGCAGAAUCAGAUUUCUCCAACAAUGUCCUUCGCUGCCAGUGUCAGUAUGAUGGACACCGUAUAUGGCUGCAUGGAUGCCAUACAGGUGAUGCAUAUGGUGCCAGUGUAGAAUGGGAUGAGGAGGCACAGCACAGACUGACCAGCAACCUUGUCUGAGGCAGAUGGUCCCCAAGGACUUAGGGUUCUUGCAGGGCCUUGGGCCCAGAUUUACUCACAGCAGCCCAACAAUGGAAAUAGCUGACACUGGCUAUAGGAGAACUAUAGUAGGAUGAAAGGUUAGCUGUUGGCCUCUCUUUAUCAGCAUCCCACCUUCUGGUUCGGGGUAACGUCCAGCAAUAACAUUCAAGGCCAAACGUCCCUGCUAUGCCUGUUGCCUCUUUGUCUGCUUGCUUAAGCCCAACCAGCUCUUUAAAAAAAUUAAUUUUAAUUUAUUGAGGUUGGCAGCCAUGGACAGAUAUGAGGCUGAAAUGAGGGGGAGGGCUAUAGUAUUCCCAAGGCCCAGGCAACGGAGUAGCUUGACUAUGAAGAGGUACCAUCCUCUUGCUUCUCGAGCAGAAGGGGUGGGUCACAGAAGACCAUCCCAGAAAAAACUACCUCAACCUGCCCCUUGUGCUGGGGAACUGGAUCUCAGGACCAUGGUUCAACUCGAGUCCCAUUUUAUUCCACCCAGCAUCCCCCAAUGCUCUUAGGUUAAGGACCUCAUCACUGGUACAGAAAACUCACCUUCCUGUUAUGAGGGAAUCCAAGAAAUCAGCUUUAUGCUUGAUCAUCAUCCAAGGCAAAGGAUACAGGAAUAGCUUGUCUACGUUGUUGAGUCACAUGGUUUCUAUAGGCCUCAGGGCCAAAUAUUAUCUGUGGAGCUAUUUGAAGUAUAAUGAACUGUGAACAAAAAUUAUAUAGAGUGAAGCCCCACACAGAGGGGUCAGUUGCUCCCCUCAGGGAGGGGUCAUCCUUCACCAGCAGAAAGCAAAGCAAAGCAAAAAGUGUUGCCUCCUUCCACAUUUCAUUGAGUCGAUCCUGUCAAUAAAGAC